AUGAAAGCAAAUCUCUUUGCGAUCGCUCUGUAUUAUGCUCUUGUCGAACGAGCAGUGUUAACAAAAAUCUCGGUGUUAGCUCGACAGCGGAGAACUAUCACACAAUUAACACUGGACAUCGACAAAACUGCGAUCACGUCAGCAACAGAAAUCGUUUCUGGUAUUGAUGAAUCAUUUCCUGUUCUCAUCGCGUUGGAUAUUGGCAGAAACAUCUUGGCCUAUAUGGAAAGUUGGCUGCGCUCAUCUAGUGGUAACAUCCGCUUGAUUGCUUUGGAUGAUAAUAACACAGUUCCAUCAUACAUACAUCGCAGUGGUGGUGUUGUUGAGGAAACAGUCACUUCACUUGCUGUCGACUGGGUAACUGGCAAACUAUAUGUCGGUGUUGAAACAGCUAGCAUACAUAAUGCUGGACGCAUUGAAGUAUGUCCUUUGGAUGGCCAGACUAGUUGUGCUAUUGCAUUGCACUCCAGUUUUGAAAAUCAGAAUUCUCGAGUUGAUGCUCUUCAUUCUCUUGUGCUUGACCCAAUUGACGGCUAUAUGUACUGGUUGAAUCGUGUGCAUAAACGUAUUGAGCGAGCAUGGAUGGAUGGUCGACAUCACGACCCUCAUUGUUUCAAAGAUGAUACCACUGACGUGGUUGCUACAUCUGCUCUUACGCUUGAACAGGCAAAUCGAGUGUUGUAUUAUGUUCGUACACGGACAUCCUUAGAUGAUUCGCAAAUUUGGAGCUGUUCAUUAUAUGAUCGUGAAUCGUGCCGAGCAGUUGCCAGUAAGGUCAACGCCUUCUACCUUGAUGCUUUCAGUGAUUACUUGAUGUGGACAUCAGUGACAAAUCAGAAUUCCGGCAUAACAGUGUGUGAGAAAGUCAACUGUGAUCAUUCAACUCGUGAAGUGAUUAAUUCAAGUGGUGUUGAAGCUCUGAUUGUAUUCGAUAAACAGGUCCAGCCAUUAAGACAAUCUUUAAAUCCUUGCGGAUCAAAAAAUGGUGGCUGUUCACACAUCUGCGUACUGAUUCCUGGUGCACCAUGGCGAUCUUGCCUGUGCCCGGUGGGAGUCCGUCUUCUUCAAGAUCGUUUAACUUGUUCACCUAAUGGGAUAGAACGUUUGCUAUACGUAGCGACGACGUCAGGCUUAAUAUUUAUUUCAUUAGAUACAGCACAUCAUACACCUCUACCACUUCCAAAUAUGGCAUCUGAGGUACGUGAAACUAAAGUUGUGCAUAUCGAUUUUGACCCAAUCGAUAAGAAGCUUUUCAUGAUUGACGGAGAUAUCGGUGUUAUACGGCGGUGUAAUCCAGAUGGCACAGAAAUGGAGAUUUUUGUCGAGGAUUCCGAUAAGCUAGUUUCCGAUGCUCUGGCUGUUGACUGGUUGAAUCGUAAUCUGUAUUGGUUAGAUAGCAACGUUGCACAAAUCAAGAUGCAAAGCUUGUCUAGCAGAGGACGACAAAUAGUAAUAUCGCACGGAUUGAAACAGCCACGUGGUUUAGCUUUGGAUCCAGAUAGUGGCUAUAUGUUUUUUUCAGACUGGCACGAAAGUACGAGUCGUAUUGAGAAAGCUUGGCUAGAUGGCUCACACAGACGAGUGCUUGUUUCGCUGGAGAAAGAUGCCUGGCCAAAUGGAAUUGUGGUUGAUACAAGACAUAAACGGUUGUAUUGGGCAGAAGGAAGUCGAUCAUUCAUUAAAUCGAUAACUCUUGACGGGAAGUUGGAUGUUCAGGUUUUCUCAGAAAGUGUGAACCAUCCCUAUUCGCUUACUAUAUUAGGUAACUCGUUAUAUUGCAAUUCGCUGUAUGGUCGUAAGAUAUCAAUGUUUCGUGUACCUCGACACAAUGAAUCUUUCUUCGAUGUACAGUUGUCUGUGGUAUCUGAUUCUGUUAUCUUUGGUCAGAUGGGUAUUCGAGCGGUUAGUUUGAAUCAUAUUCCAGAGGGAAUUUCUCCAUGUCAAACAAGCAACGGUGGAUGUUCGCACAUUUGUGUCAAAUUACCAAAUGGCAAAAGGGGCUGUAUUUGUCCAGUUGGCUAUGAAUUGCAAUCAGACAGUACAACAUGCAUUAUGCCCGCUGCAUUUCUGAUCUACACGCAAAGUCCCGCAAUGAGCACAGCUAAUAGCAUUAUGAGAAUUUCUUUGGAGGCAGCUUCAGCUAAUAAUCACCGUAUUAAUAUUGCUGAUAUGACAUCAGCCCCAGUUAGUAUUGAUAUCAAUCAGAAUUCUCGGAGAAUUUUUUGGUCAUCAGAAGGACGUGGUCGUCCGAUUCGUUCACUGCUUCGUAGCGCAUUUUUUAACGGCUCUGGUUUGGAAACUGUGUAUGAAGGAAAUGCAGUGAAUUAUAUUGCGGUGGACUGGAUCACUUCAAAUAUUUAUUGGUGUAAUAUGGAACAGCGUCGAAUUGAAAUGGUUCGUGGCGACGGACGUCGUCAUCGUACAAUUGCAUGGGAAAAUAUAGAUCCGCGAUAUUUAGUUAUCCAUCCGCUCCAGCGAUUUCUUGUUUUUGUUAAUUAUUACAACCGACAGAAAAUCACUAUAAAUAAGAUACCUCUUUAUGGCGAGCAAUCAGGAGGCCAAGUUAUUGUUCAACAGUUGGAUACAGUUAAUGCACUUGCGAUUGAUUUUGAUUCUGAAUUGUUGGUGUGGUCAGAACUGGACGAACGAGGAGGUGGAGUUUCUAUUUCUGACUUCAGUGGGAAAAGUCGUGCUCGUGUAUUAUAUAGUGAACAGUUAUUACCUGCUGCAUUAACUGUUUAUAAUCGACAAAUCUACAUUGCCAAUAUGAAUAGCAAUACCAUUGAUCUAUAUAACGGCCACACAUUGACAGUUUUACAUGAUGGUGUCAGCCAUGUUACAAAUCUUGCUGUUGCACAUGCACAGAUAAAUAAAGGUUGGAAUGGUUGUGUUCAAAACAAUGGUGGCUGUAGUGAUAUAUGUGUGGCAGCUGGCGGAAGUUUAUACAACGCAAGUGCAAAAUGUUUUUGCGAGGACCACUUUACGUUUGAUCACGUUGGAGGAAGGUGCUUGCCACCAAAACAUUUUCUUUUGGUCGCCAUUCGAGGUCGUUUCAUACGUUUCAACCUGAGACAAGCGGUUACCGGUGACAUAUUCUGGAAAGAUGAUCCUUAUUCAAUUCUGUCAGUGACAAAUGUUGGUACACCAGUUUCAGUGGGUGUUGAUUUAUUCUCUGCAAAUCGUUCGAUUUACUGGAUUGAUUCUAAUGAUGACAAAGUUAUUAAACGAUCAUCAGAUUUAUCACAUUCCAUAACGCAGACAAUUGCAUUAUCGAGACGUUCGAACUGUGCAAUACUUUUCCAUUUAGCAGUUGAUGAAGCUGGUCGACAGCUAUUUGUUUCAUGUGCAGAACAUGGGCUUAGCCAUGCAUCAUCCAUUCAUGUUUGGCGUAUAAAGAGUAAUGAUCAUUUGGAAUAUAUCGGCGUUGUUGUGUCAGGAAGAGAGCGUUCUCCAGUGACUGAUCGACCUCCUUAUCCUCGACAAAUUGCUCUUUUUCCUAGAUUGAACCUCCUUUUCUACGUUGACGAUGGUAGUUUCAUUCCCGUAAUUGUUCGGUGUUCAUUGAACGGUCGUCAGUGCGUACAGUGGGAAGCACCAAAUUUAACACAUACCGUGAAACUUCAUGCUUAUCAAAUCAACGACCGUUUGUACUAUACAACUGCAAGCGGAUUGUGGUCACGCGAUGCACAUGUGUUUUCGGACGUACGUCAUCACAUCAAAGCACGGCCUUCGGAUAUUGAUAUGGUUCCAAUCAAUGAGAAGAAAUUAAUAAUUAUUGCCAAGAAUGAAUCCCAGUCAGAAUAUGAUGAUCUGUUGUUGGAAUUGAUGGAUGAUAUUCCCACUGUUUCCUUGGAUGAACUGAAGUGGAGCACACCGUCACCUUUAUCAGUCAAACGUGUUCUUGCAUUGACAGUAGUUGGCAGCAUCGAAAGGGACUUUUAUAUAAAUUUGAAUCACACUUGUGCGGCAUCACAUUGUUCGCAUUUGUGUCGAGUACCGCGAGAUUCCAAGAAACGUCAUGAAUGUCUCUGUCCUCUUGGAUUUGGAUUACAAGCUCCAAGUGAAACUUCUUGUUUUAAACAUGCGUCGUGUCUACAUUGGCAAUUUAAAUGUGACAAUGGACAAGAAUGCAUACAUGCAAUGGCAAAAUGUGAUGGACAUCAUGAUUGCAUUGAUGGUAGUGAUGAAUCUUCGCAUUGGUGUGGCAAUGUUGCCUUUAAUAAGUGGCCAUGUGACAACAGGAAAGCAUCAAUUUCCCGAUCGCUUAUUUGUAACGGAGCAAAAGAUUGUGCUGACGGAUCAGACGAGGCUCACUGCCGGUGUACUAAUCCUCUUUUUAAUUUCGAUUGUACCUUUGGACCAAAUACGGAAUUGCAUCCAGCUGAAUGUAUUAGUCGAGAGUUAAUCUGUAAUGGUAUCCGUAACUGUUAUGCUGGUCAGGAUGAAGAGAAACAGCUAUGUGCUCAAUUUGGUGCGGCAGUAACUAUUGCUCCAGCUCUCUCACCUUCAUUUGAACUGAUUAUACCGUUGGCCGUGUUUUUUUUGGCACUCAGCAUCAUUGUGAGUGUGUGCUGCUGCCAUUUUUCAAUACAACGACCGUUAGGACAAAAUUCAGCUCAUGCAGCAACAACACGUUCACUGCCGAUGAAUGCUGAGGCACGGGUACUACUGCCAGCACAUCCAGAUGGUACACAGAUUGAGUUCCAACUUCGUGCCUUCUCUGUGGAAGCGUCAUCAUCGCUGUAUAACGCAUUGCCUCCACCAAAUUCACAAUUUUCAACUGAUGCAAUUUCAUAUCAUCGAUCGCUUAAUGGUAACCCUACAGAAAGAAGUUCCAUGUUUGCUGCAAUUACCGCUUCUUUGACUAAAGCGAAUUCUCGAAAAUUUUUUGCACCACCGCCUUCUGCUGCAAGUUUGUCGACGUAUGGUGUUGUAAAACCAGCUGGAAUGCGGGUUCGUUUGCAGCAUAGUGGUGGUGGUACAGGUUCUGCUAGAAAUAAACGAAAACAACGACAUCGUGCUCGUACUGGGGGCAUCAGAACCCACAGCCCUCCACCAUCCUAUUCAAAGACUAAGACCACUCGUCCGAUUCGUAUUGAUCCAACAAUGGAAUGCAAUGGUGAAGAGUCUCAACAACUGCGAGUGCCAACGAACAGUAGAAUUGUUUCCGCGAUAGAUUCGUCAUCAAUGGAAAACAUGAGACAUGUACUGUUACCAAAUAAUCAUUUUAUCUCAUCAAUUAAAUUUGCUCAACAACAACGUCAAUUCAACUACUCGUCGAUGUCUUCUGAUGUUUCACUUGGGUAA